AUGGAUGUCGACAGCGACACUGCGACGGCUCUGAUGCCUCUGUCGUCACAACAACAAGACGAUAUACUGAGGAAUCGUCUGAGUACGGAUGAUAAGCAUGUCCGUCGCAUCGCUAAGAGGAUUGCCGUGCUGGUACAAUCUUCAUCAAGUCAGGAUCGUGAGGCUGCUGCACUACUGCUUCAAUCCGAUCUCGAUCUGUUCUCUGAGCACAUAAGCAAACUCCAUUCCAUCGCCAAUACGACAUCAACUGCUGAGAUGGAGAGCUAUGAACAAGAGAUGACUGCUCUGCAUGAAAAAAGCGCUGAAAAGAAAGCUCAUAUUGAAAUGCUCAAGAAACGACUCGACGAGGCCAAGGAACACCGUGCACAAGUGUCCGAAUACAAUAUUAUUGCGAACAAGAUCCUGGCAUACCCAUCCCGCGAAGAAAUGAUGAACUCUAUACAACAGCAUCGUGACCGCAUCGCGCAAUUACAGAGCGAAAUCAAGAAAUAUGAUGAUGCGAGUGCUCAUGCCAAGAAUGAAUUGAACAGUAUUGUUUCGGCACUCAUGGAACUGCGGCAGAAUAUUCGUUCAUCACUUGGCUACAAGCCAUUGCCGGAAGAGUCUGCUCUAUGUGCAUCGACACUGAACCCGAAAGCUCACACUUUUCAGUCUGAGUCAUCCUCAGCCGAUGUUACGGCUUCCAACGCAAAGCGAACCCAUAAUGACUCUUCUGGCGACGGGAACAAGACAUGCCAGACGGAUCAUAAGCGCCUCAGAAUGCAAGAAGACGAUAAAGCACAAGAUCAGACGCCUCAGCCAUCUAAAGACAAUGGCGACAUCCUCGACCAGCCUUCAUCAAGCACACCAUCUGUAUAG